AUGUCGAAGAAACCAGAAGCCUCAAAGAAAACAGAUGAUGUGUUCGUUGGGUCGAUUGACCAAGGAACCACCAGCACCAGAUUCAUAAUCUAUGAUCGUUCGGCGCGCCCAAUUGGCUCUCACCAGGUCGAGUUCACUCAGUUUUACCCUGAAGCAGGAUGGGUUGAGCAUGAUGCAAUGGAGAUACUGGAGAGUGUGAGAGUGUGCAUGGCUAAGGCGCUGGACAAAGCCACGGCUGAUGGGUACAACGUGGACAGUGGGCUGAAGGCUAUUGGGUUGACUAAUCAGAGAGAGACGACUCUGGUUUGGAGCAAAUCCACUGGCUGUCCUCUCUACAAUGCUAUUGUUUGGAUGGAUGUACGUACUAGCUCUAUUUGCAGAAAAUUGGAGAAAGAAUUAUCUGGGGGAAGAACUCAUUUUUUGGAAACAUGUGGGUUGCCCAUAAGCACCUACUUCAGUGCGUUGAAGUUGCUCUGGUUGCUGGAAAAUGUGGAUAAAGUGAAAGAGGCUGUGAAAUCAGGGGAUGCUCUCUUUGGAACUAUAGACACUUGGUUAAUCUGGAAUUUAACUGGUGGUGUCAAGGGAGGGAUACAUGUUACUGAUGUCUCAAAUGCAUCACGGACAAUGCUUAUGAACCUGAAGACCCUUGAGUGGGAUAAUCCUACAUUGAAAACCUUAGGAAUUCCAGCUGAAUUUCUUCCCAAAAUUGUCAGUAACUCUGAGAUUAUUGGAAAAAUUACCACGGGAUGGCCAAUUACUGGAGUCCCAAUUUCUGGAUGUCUUGGUGAUCAACAUGCAGCAAUGUUAGGGCAAGCUUGCAGGAGAGGAGAGGCCAAAAGCACAUAUGGGACGGGUGCUUUCAUACUUCUCAACACGGGUGAGGAGAUAAUUCGGUCAACGCAUGGGCUUCUAAGCACUGUGGCAUUCAAACUUGGCCCUAAAGCUCCUACAAACUAUGCCAUAGAGGGAUCAAUUGCUAUUGCUGGAGCUGCAGUUCAGUGGCUUAGAGACAGUCUUGGGAUUAUUAAGAGCGCAAAAGAGAUCGAGGAUUUGGCAUUACAGGUUGAGUCCACUGGUGGGGUUUAUUUUGUGCCUGCCUUUAAUGGAUUAUUUGCUCCGUGGUGGCGUGAUGAUGCUCGUGGGGUUUGCAUUGGUAUUACAAGGUUUACAAACAAGGCUCACAUUUGUAGAGCAGUGCUUGAGAGUAUGGCCUUCCAGGUGAAAGAUGUGUUGGAUUCAAUGCACAAAGAUGCUGGAGAGAAGGGAGAGGUUAAGAAUGAGAAGGGGGAGUUCCUGCUCAGAGUGGAUGGUGGUGCUACUGUUAAUACCCUUCUAAUGCAGAUUCAGGCGGAUCUGUUGGGGAGCCCAGUGCUAAGACCAGCUGACAUUGAGACAACAGCUCUUGGAGCAGCCUAUGCUGCUGGAUUAGCUGUUGGCAUUUGGACCGAAAAGGAGAUUUUUGCUGGUGAAGAAAGGGCUAAGGUUGCCACCACCUUCCAUCCAAAAUUAGAUGAAGGGUUGAGGAAGAAGAAGUUGGAUUCAUGGUUCAAGGCUAUUUCAAGAACUUUCGACUUAGCUGAUCUUUCACUUUGA